AUCAACUCUUCUAUACCUCAUACACCACAUUGCUCUUCUAUUUACACAAGCGAGAAGAGAAUUGAAAAAUCUUUGUGAAUUUGCUAAAUUUUGCAAAAAUGGCACUUGGGGUUGCAGCAAUGGCGGCUCUGUUGAUUUUGUGUGCAUGUAAUAAUUAUGCAGAGGCGACUGACUACACAGUGGGAGACGGCCAGCAUUGGGGUUUCGGCGUAAACUAUGGCGAUUGGGCGUCUUCAAAAACAUUUCAUGCUGGAGAUAAUUUGGUGUUCACGUAUGCAAGCGCAGCCCAUAACGUGUUGGAGGUGCAACAGUCGGCUUAUGAUUCGUGCGCUACAAGUAACCCCAUACAUACGUACACAGGGGGAAACACACAAAUUUCACUUACCAGUGCGGGGACAAGGUAUUUCAUUUGUGGAUUUCCCGGUCACUGCGCUGGUGGUAUGAAGGUGGCGGUGACCGUUUCAGCCGGUAGUUCCUUCACAAGUGCCCCAAGUAAAUCCAGUGCCCCUGCACCUGCCCCAAAUAAAUCCAGUGCCCCUGCCCCAUCUCCCUCAACGAAAUCUCCCUCUACGCCGGUGCCGGUGCCGGAGCCUACCAGUGCAGGACACGUGUCACAGAUGAAGGAUAUGUUGGGCUUGCUGUUUGCCUCUCUUAUUAGUAUGUCUUUCAUCUUGGCUUAGAUGGAAUAUGCAUGCGUUUUUGCUAGGGAAGGGGCAGUGCAAUUUCAUCUUCUAUUCUUUCUUUUACUAAUAAUACAACCUUUUUUAAGUUAUCUAUAUGUUUGCCAAAUCUAAUUGGGCUUGCAAGUGCAAUAGCUUUUUCG